AUGGAAUUCGGCAGGAAAGGGCGCCGCAGGUCGCCACCACGACGACCCACGCCCACGACCGGGUUCAGGUCAAGCCAUUGCUCUCCAAGCACCAACCAAGCAAGAUAUCCCCAAAUCUACAAAGCUCCGCUCCGGCCAUGCCAGCAGCUCCACCCCUCCACCGCCCUCCCGCCUGCCAUUCCUCUGCUUUCCCUAGCCCCCACUCUCUGCCACCCAGGCGACCAGCCCGCGGCCUGAGCUUCUUGAGGUUCCCAACCGGCGGCGGCGGCGGCGGCGGCAGCUGAGCCGAGAGGAUAGUGGCAGGGGCGGCGGAGGCCGGGAAGCAGAUCGCGGGGUUUUCUACCCAUCUAUGGUACCACCGACUAACAUAGAUGAUGUUUCGUCACUCAAUUUUUCAGCGUGUUCAAUAAGUGGAUUUGCUGUCCUGUACAACUAAGCGAAUGGCGGAGGCUAUACUACUCGCUGUUUCAAAGAUUGGGGCAAUCGUUUUGAAUGAAGCUGUCUUGGCUGUCAUCGACAAGCUGUCGAGGAAGGUUGAUAACCUAAAGGAAUUGCCGGCAAAGAUAAAAAGAAUCGAUAUAGAGCUGAAGACGAUGAAUGAUGUAAUUCAAGACUUGGGCACAACACAUCUCAGCAACAAUGUCGUCAAGGGUUGGAUUGGAAAUGUGAGGAGGCUGGCCUACCAUGUUGAGGAUGUGAUUGAUAAGUACUCAUAUGAGGCUCUCAAGCUCAAGGACGAAGGCUUCCUGAAUCGGUACGCCUUCAGAAGUUCACGCCAUAUUAAGGUCUUCAGUAAGAUUGCUGAGGAAGUUAUAGAGAUAGAGGGGGAGAUCAGGCACAUCAAAGAACUGCAUAUUUAUUGGAGUACCAUAGUACAGCCCAUUAGAAAUGAGCAUGCAGAGAUUGAUAGGCAGCGAUGGGGAGGCUGCUUUCCAGAAAGUGUUAGUGAUGAGGACCUUGUUGGGAUUGAUGAAAACAGGAGCAAGUUGACCGAAUGGCUGACCACCAGUGAGAAAGAAACCACAGUAGUUACAGUUUCUGGGAUGGGAGGCUUGGGGAAAACAACCCUUGUGAAAAAUGUGUAUGAUCGGGAGAAAGCCAACUUCCCUGAUGCUCAUGCUUGGAUUGUGGUGUCAUGGGUGUAUGCUGUAGUUGAUUUGCUGAAGGCAUUGCUCACCAAGAUACAAUACACACAAGAGUCGCCGCCGCCGUCACCUCUUAGUCCGGGCGCCAAAGCUGAUGUUUAUGAGUUAACAGAGGCUAUAAAGAAGAUACUACAAAAUAAGAAGUGCUUGAUCGUGCUUGAUGAUGUGUGGGAUAAAGAAGCAUAUACUCAGAUGUGCAGUGCGUUCCAGGGUCUCCAAGGAAGCCGUGUUAUGAUCACAACACGGAAGGAAGAUGUUGCGGCUCUUGCUCCAGUGAGGCGCCGCCUACUAUUGCAACCAUUGGGUAGCGUUGAAUCUUUCAAGCUGUUCUGCUCCAGGGCUUUCCACAACAGCCUGGGCCGCAAGUGCCCUCCAGAGCUUGAGGCGGUGGCUGCUGCUAUAGUUGACCGGUGUCGUGGCCUGCCAUUGGCCAUUGUAUCGUCUGGCAGCCUAUUGUCCACAAAGCAACCAACAGAGCAUGCCUGGAAUCAGGUGUACAACCAUCUCCGGAGCGAGCUGCGGGGGAAUAACCAUGUCCAAGCUAUACUUAAUCUGAGCUACCAUGACUUGCCUGGUGAUCUCAGGAACUGCUUCCUGUACUGCAGCUUGUUCCGUGAAGACUAUGAAAUGUCACGGGAGAACCUUGUGCGGUUGUGGGUUGCUGAAGGUUUUGCAAAGAAGAAAGAUAACAGCACGCCGGAGGAAGUGGCCGAGGGGAAUCUCAUGGAACUCAUAGGCCGGAAUAUGUUGGAAGUUGUGGAGAGGGAUGAGCUCUUUAGAGUUAGUACAUGUAAGAUGCAUGACAUUGUUCGAGACCUGGCUCUUGCUGUUGCUAAAGAGGAGAGGUUUGGCUCCGCGAGUGAUCAGGGUGAAAUGACGCUAAUGGAUAAAGAAGUUCGUCGGUUCUCAACAUGUGGUUGGAGAGAUAGCAUGGCAGCUGCUCCAGGAGUGGAUUUUCCACGACUCAGAACCGUCAUCUCGCUUUCAGCAGCUUUGUCCUCUACUAACAUGAUUUCCUCUGUUUUAUCUGGAUCCAACUACCUUACCGUUCUCGAGCUUCAAGACUCUGCAAUCUGCCAUGUGCCAGCAUCCAUCGGGAAUCUGUUCAAUCUCCGCUACAUCGGCUUGAGGCGCACCAGAGUUCAGUCAUUGCCAGACACUAUUGAAAAACUCUCAAACCUCGAGACGCUGGACGUCAAGCAAACAAAAAUAGAAAAACUACCGCCAGGAAUCGUGAAGGUCGAGAAGUUACGUCACCUUUUAGCCGACAGGUAUGCUGAUGAGAAGCAGACAAAGUUCCAGUACUUUGUCGGAGUCGAGGCGCCGAAUAUGGUUUCCAACUUCCGGGAACUGCAAACUCUUGAGACCGUGCAUGCCAGCAAGGACUUGUCGCUUCAGCUGAAGAAAAUGAAUAAGCUUCAGACUGUUUGGGUUGAUAACAUCGAUGCAUCUAACUGUGAUGACCUUUUCAAAACCCUCUCAGAUAUGCCUCUGCUUUCCAGCUUACUUCUCUGUGCAUGUGAUGAGAAGGAGACACUUACGUUCCAAGCACUCAAGCCAAUUUCCAAGAGGCUCCACAGACUAAUCAUUAGGGGUGGCUGGGCCGAUGGGACGCUCAAGUGUCCAAUAUUUCAGGGUCAUGGGAAGAAUAUCAAGUAUCUGGCUCUGAGUUCGUGCAAUCUUGGGAAUGAAGACCCGCUGCAGCUGCUGGCAUCUCAUCUGUCAGCUCUCACUUAUCUCAGUCUUAACAGGGUGAGUAGUGCAGGUACAUUGGUGCUUUCUGCAGGGUGCUUCUGUCAGUUGAAGACGCUUGUCUUGAGGCGCAUGCCCAAUGUAAAGCAACUGGAGAUUGAGGAGGGCGCCAUUCCGUGCAUUGAUGGGAUCUACAUCGUGUCACUCUCGGAGCUGAGUAUGGUGCCUCGUGGCAUCGAAUCAGUUGGAUCCCUGAAGAAGCUCUGGAUGCUAGACCUGCACAAGGACUUCAAGGCUGACUGGGAUCUGAACCAGAUGCACAACAAGAUGACGCAUGUUCCAGAGCUCCGUGCCUAGCUAGCAAAGAGCGUCAGAGAUGGAGAACAUGAUGAAGCAUGUUCCAGAGCUCCGUGCAUAGCAAAGAGCGGCAACUACAUCCUUCGGUAAUUAAAAAUCAUAAGAAUCGCUUAUGCACUGUAAGCGUACAUGCUUUUAAUUAUUUGUAAUGGUACUGUAAUAGUAUGAUCAGCUCUUGAUUUCUUUGCAACUGCGUCUUGUCAUGCCUGCAUUGUUGGUUAUUUCUGUAAUAAUUCCUGAAACACGGGCAUUCCUUGCCAUCAAGAACUAAAACGAGUGAGUUUAUUUCAUUUA